ACAUUUUUCUACAAUAGGACUUUAAUAGUUUUUGGUUCUUUACGGUGAUUGGUCGACAGCGUAAUAGUGGGGAGAGGAGGAGUACUCUCUAUACUAGACUUCAGAUAAAGGUGUACAUAUAAAUUAUUAUAAAAUUGGUCGACAGCGAAAUAGUGGGGAGAGGAGGAGUACUCUCUAUACUAGACUUCAGGUAAAGGUGUACAUAUAAAUUAUUAUAAAAUUGGUCGACAGCGAAAUAGUGGGGAGAGGAGGAGUUAUUCUUUUCUACUAGACUUCAGGUAAAAGUAUACGUAUAAAUUAUUGUAAAAUUAGAGAGCUUGCUUAGAUAUCUGUUAGUUGAUCUCAAACAGUCCUACGAGAAAGACGUACUUUUUCUGUUUCUUCUUCCAAUUUUUUUUCUUCGUGUCUUAUAUAGUGCUCUUCAUAAGUUAUAUAGAGUUUAACUUGUUUUUCAUUUUUUCAUAUUUUGAACUAGUCACCCCAGUAAACUGCCAAAAAAUACAUCUAUACAUUAAUACAUUUAUCAUUAAUUCAUCGUUUUGUUUUUAUUUAUCAAAUUAAGUACAUCGUAUUUUUUUAAUUUAUCAAAAUGGCAAGUGUUUCCGAGAGUAUUUCCGAGAGUAUUUCCGAGAGUGUUACUGAGAGUGUUACUGAGAGUGUUACCAAGAGUGUUACCAAGAGUGUUACCAAGAGUGUUACCGAGAGUGUUACCGAGAGUGUUACCGAGAGUGUUACCGAGAAUGUUACCGAGAAUGUUACCGAGAAUGUUUCUGAGAAUGUUUCUGAAAAUUGUGGAAAAGUGGAAUUAUCCAGAAAGGAAAUUUUUAUUUAUUUAAAAGACGAUUUAUAUUGCCCGAUUAGUAAAGCAUAUGAGAAAAUUGAACAUUUGAUUUCUAAAAAAUUCAAAUGUCCUUAUAAAUUAACGGAUAAAAUGAAGAAAAUCUUUCAGAAUUUAUUUUAUUCGUUCAGGAGAAAGUGCCGAACAGUUAAAAAAUCCCAGAUUUUAAAAAAAUAUGACAAAUGGUUGAACGUUACACUUACGUUUCAUAAUGCUACAGUAGUUUUAGAUACUAUAAAAGAUUCGUCAACAGAAAACUGUGAUUCUUUCUUGGAAAUUGUAUAUGACAGUAACAAUUCGAAGCGAAGGAAAACUGAAGAAAUUCCUUCAUGUUCAUAUACAGUUGAAUUACCAAGAGCUUCUCAAUCGAGUUCACGUAAUGUAGAUAAAGAGAAUUCUACAAAAGUUAUGAGGGAUGCAACGAGGAAAGAUGAAAAUUGCAGAAAUUGUAAAGAUACAUUAAUCACAGACGAUUAUGCUCUGUCCUUAUUACUUGAAAUUCAAUUAACGAAGAAUCAGUAUGAAGUAUUACGAUCUAUUAAUAUAGAAAAUAAUUGUAAUAUAUAUCCAUCAUACAAGAGUUUGCUAGAAGCUAAAGAAAAAUGUUAUCCAUCGAAAACUGAUAUCAAAAUAAAGGAUUGCAGUGCCGAAGUUACACUGCAAGGAUUAUUAGAUCACACCAUUGAACAAAUAUUAUUUUCCCGAAGAGAUUUUAUUAAAAAUUCGCCUUUAGAACACAUAAAUAAUAUGACAUUGUACUGUAAAUGGGGUUCAUCUGAGUUGUUUGGGAAAGAUUUAAACAAACAGAUUUGUAAUAUUACCGAUAGAACCGAAUUAAACUCAAGUAUUUUUUCUAUAUCUAUUGUACCAUUGAAAGUUAUUUCAAAUAACCAAAUAUCGAAAGAAAACUAUACCAUUUGGGAGAAUCCAAAUCCCUCUUCACCAAGGUUUUGCAGGCCCAUAAAACUGCAAUUUUACCCGAUAAAUACGUAUGACUAUGUAACAGAAAUUGGUCAUAUAAAAAAUCAAGAGAAACAACUCAAUCCUUUUAUAACAGUUUUUGAUGGAAAAAUGAUAAGCGUAUCUUAUAAUCUUAAAUUCGUUAUAACAAACAACCAAGUAUGUAACAAAGUUAAGUUAACCUUAUUAAAUCAAAAUUGUUUUCUAUGCAAGGCCUCAGGACAAAACUUUAACGAUAUUGAAGCAUUAUUAAAAAGAAAAGUUGAUAAAAAUAAUUGUUUUGGAUUAUCAAUGUUACACAUUUGGGUCCGUUUCUUUGAAUGCUGCUUGGACUUGUCAUACAAGCUCGAUAUUAAAAAAUCAAACGUGACAGAAACAGAGGAACUGAUGUUAGAAACACGAAAGAAAAAUAUUCAAAGAGGGCUUAAUUUACAAUACAAAUUUAUGAUAGACACAGAAAAACUUGAAUUAAAAAAUUACGAUGAGAAUACAGCACGACAAUUUUUGGAAAAUUCAACUACUUCUGCUUUGAUUACAGGAGUUGAUAGAAUCAUAAUCAAAAGAUUUUAUGUUAUAAUAGAAACUUUAACAAGUAUAAAACUAUUUAACAAAUAUAAAAUUAAUCUUAAGAAGUUUCAUGAGUAUGGCGUAAAAACGGCAAAAAGAUUCGUCAAAUUAUAUCCGUGGUACAAUAUGUCCACAACGAUUCAUAAAAUUUUGAUUCAUGGACCAGAAAUUAUCCAAUUCGGUUUAUUACCAAUCGGCCAACUUUCUAAUGAUAUCCAACCAAAUUUAAGUAUCGAAAGAUCUUAUCAACAUGUAUUUAGAGUUAAAAACAUGGAAGAGAUAUUUUUAGAAUUGCUGGCUGUAUCUGAUCCAUAUAUUUCAUCUUUACGAAAUAUACCACAAACAAAAUUAAAGGAUUUAAUGACAGAAACAAUAAAUCUGUUAAUUUUGCCAGUAACAGAUAAUGACGAAAUACUGUCCGACGAUGAUUCUGAUGAUUCCGAUUCUGAUGAAUGAA